AUGAGAAAAUCAUCCGAGUUCCAGAACUACCCCUUCCUGACAGGCGAAGAGUUCGCCGAAGCGUGCCACCACCUGGAUAGGAGAUACUGCCAAGCUACCUUGGGUCCCGUACGGAGAAAAUGGAAACUCAGAACAUGUAACGUACUCAACACAGCUUUCGGCCUAGGACCAGAAUACAACACAUAUGUCCAAAUAGUUCGACCACUGGAAGGAGAGCUAGACGAUGGGGACCUAUCAAACAUAUUUGACAGUCUUUCAUUUCAAAGCAGCAACCCUACCGCAACCGACGACAUGGUGGACAACAAGAUGGUGGAGGCCGAGGAUGCUGAUGAGGUACGUUCCACAGCUUUGGAACCGUGCUUUGUACUCACACUCUCCCAGGCUGUGUUCCACAAGAAGCCAAAGUCAACGGCAAGUGCUGGGCAGGUCGUGUAUGAAAUACAUCUCCACCCAACAUAUCAAGCGCCCUGUUUGUGGUUCAGUCUACACAACCUCCCCGUUGAUGAGCAAGCUUUCAACAUCGAUACUGUCUUUCGACGUCUCGUACCAGACCAGUACAAAGAUGGACUCCGCAGUGCUGGGGAAAUUGGUGGCAUCUCGGCCGACGUAUGUCUUUUUUUCAUUAUGCUGUCAAGAAUAUGGUUAACUAGGCGAUUCUGCGUCUGA